GUUUAGUUUUGGUUUUACGACACUCAAUUGAAAACUGCUCUAAACUUAAAAGGUAGUGAAAGUGCAUAAGCAGGAGCUUUCAAGCGAAGCAGAGCGAGCAGAAGUCAAGCGUGCGUCCAUUCGCUUCUCGCAUGAUCACUCUUCGCUCGUGCGCUCCGCGAUCUUAGAAAAUAAAAACGACGCAAUAACGUUCAUCCAAGUGGCACCAAAACCCCAGGUGUAGAGUCUUUUAGACGUUGAAUAGCCAAGCGAGUGAAAGGAAUUGUACUAUCUUCUUCAUCAGACAAGAAAUUAACAAGCAGAAGAGACGAAAUGAUGAACUUAACCGUCAGGUGAACGAAGAACGACAGAAAAGGGAGCAGCUGGAGUCCAAACUUUCUUCGUCAAAACUGUCUCAAGAGAAACUUCAGAGUAUGGUGGUCGAUGCUGAAACGAGGGCGGAUGCAGCCAGCUCUCAGGUAACGACGCUUCUAAAUCGCGAAAGACAACUCUUACAGGAAAGAAAACUGCUAAACCGUGAAUUCGAGAGACUUAAAUUAGAAAAGAGUCGGCCUGGGUCAAACAGAAUCCGGGAACCUCCUCAAAGACUCUCAGACCUGCUGAGCACUGCAAACGCGGGCGCACCUAUUCAUGAGCCUGCAGUUCGUUUGGACUUGAUGUCUCCGAGGGAAGAUGGCGGUUUCUCGCGAGAGCUUGACGGCAUCGGUUCCAGAACGGCUCUCAACGGGAUUUCAAGAGACAGAGUCAUUCUUUGAUGAAAGGAAAAAAGUUUAGUCUUGCUGUAAAUUACGAACCUCGCUACGCUAAGUCUGCACUGCAAUAACAACACGGUGUAGAUAGCUAUCAAUCAGUUGAACUUGUUUGCUUCCAAGAAAAAUGUGGAGGUUAUAAUAUAGGUAGAAAUAUACGAAUUGUGAACUCUA